AUGGCGGAAGGGCGAUGCUCCCAGGAAGCCGACAGCGGCGGCGGAGCGGCUACGCACAGGCGGAACGAUCUUAACUCCGCGCAACCCGCGCAGCUUCUGAACGCGCGAGAGCUGGGCUGCAUGCGCGGAGCAGGCACAAUGCUCCAGGCGCAGGUCCCUAAUGCCAAUCUUAAAGGGCAGUCACCAGGCGCAGCGGCCCUUCCCGCCGCGGUCGUCGCUACCGCGCCGUUCGAAACGUCUCACGCGCCUCUUCAGCCGCCGAUUGCCGAGGCGCCGCAAACUCAUUCAGGGGGAACCAGCUCCGUCCCCGCCGCGCCCGUCGCGGGCUCCACGUGGCAGCGGCUGGACGCAGUGUACCGCGUCGGCCGGCAGCUAGGUUCGGGGCGGUUCGGCGUGGUCCGGGAGGUCGAGAACCGCGCGACGGGCGAGCGGCUCGCCUGCAAGAGCAUCUCGAAAACCCGAAUCGCGGACCCGGAGGAAUGGGACGAGGUUCGGCAGGAAAUCGCGGCGAUGCAACGUCUCGCGGGGCACCCGAACGUGGUGCAGCUGCGCGGCGUGUUGGAGGACGAGCGCGCCGUGCACGUGCUGAUGGAACUAUGCGAGGGCGGCGAGCUGUUCGACCACCUGCAGCGCAGCCGCCGGCUGUCGGAGCGCGAGGCGGCGUUCGCGUUCCGCGACCUCGUGCUCGCCGUCGCGUUCUGCCACUCGCAGGGCGUGCUGCACCGCGACUUGAAGCCGGAGAAUAUCCUGCUCGACACGUCGCCCGCCGCCGCCGCCGCCGCCGCCGCGACCGCCGCGACCGCCGGCGGCAGUGGCAGCGGCAGCGGCACCGCGCGUGGUGGUGGUGGUGGUGGUGCGGGGUUUCCAGGAGGAAAUGGGUUCGUUUCCAGCCCUGCACUUGCCACCGCGCCUGGUUCGGCGGCUGCUGGCGGGAUUGGCAGUUCGGCGCCAGGUUCGGCGACUGGUUCGGUUGGUGGACCGCCGGGUCACGCGCACGCGCCAUCCCCGUGCGCUGACACAAGGCGCGCGGAAGGGCAGAUGGCGCAAGGGCAACUGGCGCAAGGGCAGAUGGCGCAAGGGCAGAUGGCGCAAGGGCAGCUGGCGCACGUGGAGAGGGAUGCGCGAGUUCCGUCUGUCCCCCCUCGCUCCCCAUCCCCCCUCCCGUCCUCCCCCCCUCUCCCUUCGGGGUGCCAAUCCCCUCUCGCGCUUCCGCUACCCGCGCUUCCGCCGUCCGCGUCCCCCGCUACCAUCACUCUCAAUACAUUCUCGCCGCUGCCGCCCAUGGAGGAGCUCACUCUGCCGCCCGCCGCCGCGCCUGCCGCCGCCGCGUCCGCCGCCAACGCGGCCUUGCAAGGCGGCGGCGGGGCCUUCUCUUGCUCCAUCGCUGCUGCCUCCACUGGCGGCGCUGGCGGCGCGGGUGGCGCUGGUGUCGUUUCCGGGACGGGUGGUGGCGGUGCUGCUGCUGCUGCUGUUGCGGAGGCUGCUGCAUGCGCGGUCGUGGUGCAGACGCCUAAGAGCUUUGACGAGCGUGCGAAUGAGGUGGCGAGGAGCGUGCUGCCGUCGCCCAUCAAGGCAGACGACGCUGCUGCUGCCAGUCCUACUGCUGCGGCGCCGAGUGCUGCUGCUGCUGCUGCUGCUGCUACUGCUAUGGUCACCAGCCCGUGUGGAAAGGAGGCGUGUGUUGGAGUAGCAGCGGGAGUGGAAAUAGGGUCGGCGAUGGAGGUGGACGGGAGUGGGAAUGGUGCGGAUGCGGGUGGGGAUGGAGGUAGCAGCGCGGUGGUGCCAUCAGCAACGCGGUCGCUGAAUGUGGCGCAGGGAGCAGCGCUGCCGUCGCCCAUUAGAUCGCUGGCCGCACAGCAGCAGCAGCAGCAGCAGCAGCAGCAGCAAGCGCAGAUGCUGCCGUCGCCGAUAAAACCGAUGGAUUUGUCCAUGCUGUCACCUUUGAAGCCCUUCAGUCCCACCACUGCUGCUGCUGCUAGUUCUGCUCCUCCUGGUGGUGUCGAUACCAAAGGUGGUUCGUCUGGUGCUGGUGCUGGCGUUGCUGGCGACGGUGUGAGCAGCGGCAGAAAGCUGUCGAGGCUGUUUGUGGCACGAGCCAUCUUCGCUCCCUCUGCUCCCCCUGCUCCCACUGCCCCUCCUGCUCCCCCUGCUCCCCCUGCGCACGCCUCGUCCGCACCCUCUCCUGCCUCAAUCCGCUCUGCUGCUCCCUCUUGCCCUCCUUUCCUCGCGCCUCCUCCUGCUGCCGCUUCCGCCCCCGCCUCCGUCUCUGCCCCCGCCUCUGCCCCCGCCUCCGUCUCUGCCCCCGCCUCUGCCCCCGCCUCUGCCCCCGCCUCUGCCCCCGCCUCUGCCUCCGCGUCUGCUUCUGCCGUUAACGCUGCCCCUGCUUCUGCAUCGCCCUUUCCACUUGCGCCCACCCCCACGUCCCACCCGCCUGCCUCCCCCUCUGCUCUGCCUCAUCCUGCCCCCGUCCCGCAUUCCCCUGGUCCUCACUCACAGCCCUCUCACACCUUCCCCGCCCCCCAGUCCUCUUUCCCCCAAGCCGCCUGCCAACAAGCGCAUCCCCCCCACUCAGCGGUUUUCACCCCCCCUUCUUCCCCCUCCCCUGCUGUCCGGGUCAAGCUAGCCGAUUUUGGCCUCUCAGUGCGGCUCAAGGCAGGGCAGAGCGUGGUGGGGCCGGCAGGGUCGCCGAUUUACAUGGCUCCUGAGGUUAUCUCGGGGUCGUAUGGCUUCCCUGCGGACGUGUGGUCGCUGGGGGUCAUUCUGUACUCGUUAUUGGCAGGCUACCCGCUGUUCUGGGGCCCGAAUACGGAUGCUAUCUUUGCGUCGGUCCGGGCUGUGUCGACAGAGGCCAAGUCGCUGGUGCGCUGCCUGCUCAACCCGUGCCCUGGGCGUCGCCCCACCGUGGACCGCAUUCUCACGCACCCCUGGCUGCUCUACCACACGCAGGGGGGGCGCAUUGUCAGACGCCUCGUCCGGCCCGGCACGCCUGUGGGCUCGCGCACUCCUGGUGGUGUUAGUGUUGGUGCUGCUGGUGGUGCUGCUGGUGGUGGUGCUGCUGGUGGUUCGUUGUCGCUUCCUGCGUCGCCAGUCACUGUGUCCCUCGCGGCUCCUGCGCCUGUCGGUGCAGCGGCAGCAGCAGCAACAUCUGGUGUGGUUGCUGCUGCUACGUGUGUGACGGGCGCCCACUCACCUGCUCCUCCUCCUCAUCCUUCCCACCUGCCAGGCUCCCCCGGGCCUUCUCCCAGGGUCGCUCUAUUCCAGCAGGCAGGUGCGAGAGAUGCAGGGGAUUCUGCCCAUGCUGCAGUGGCGCAUGGUGGGAGUCAGCAAGGGGUGAGCCACCAGCAGCAUGUUGGGAAUAAUCCGGGCAUCAUGGGAGCUCUAAUAUCCAGACUCUGGUUCCUCAUGUUUCCGGCGAAGGAGUAUAAGAUUGUUGUCGUGGGAUUGGACAACGCUGGUAAGACGACGACGCUGUACAAGCUACAUCUGGGCGAAGUCGUGGUGACACAACCUACGGUCGGGAGUAACGUGGAGGAACUCGUUUAUAAAAACAUUCGAUUCGAGGUAUGGGAUCUAGGUGGGCAAGAGCGACUACGACCAUCUUGGGCCACUUAUUACAGAGGAACACACGCAGUGGUGAUGGUAGUUGACUCUACAGACCGAGGCCGCAUCGGCGUGACCAAGGAUGAGCUGUUUCGCUUGCUGGGACACGAAGAUCUAGCUCACGCAGUCAUUCUCGUCUUUGCCAACAAGCAGGACCUGAAGGAGGCCAUGACUCCAGCAGAAAUAAGUGAAGCUCUGGCUCUUCAUCUCAUCAAGAACCACGACUGGCAUAUUCAGGCAUGCUGUGCACUAACAGGGGAGGGCCUGUUUGAAGGGCUUGGGUGGAUUGCACAACAUGUAACGGCCAUGUCGCACCCUUUCACACCUGGGAGGCCUAACAAGGCCCGAGCGACCGUCCCGCCAAAAUCCACUCCCACGGACCGCCUCAAGGCUGCUCGUCAGCGCUCGCUUCUACGCAGCGAAAUGGGCGUGCUGCGCUCCCGACAGAAGCGAAAUGCGUCUCGCCCGUUCGCUCCCCCUGGCAGCGCGCUAGCCCCCUCUUCCGCCGGCGCGUCCGGAUCGUCCGCCAUGAAGCGAUGGCUGCAGCAGGAGCGCGAUAGCAGCGGCAGGCGCACGCUGAUCGCGAGGAGCUUAGGCGAAGACGCGGGCAGCACGAUGGGCGACGACGCCGUAUGCUUGGCUGACGUGGACAUGGUUGACGGGGGGGAGGUCGAAAGAGGUGCGGGAGGUGCGGCGGAGGAGGGUAGCGGGGAGGGGCUUAACGAAGGCGCGAGGAAGCGACGACGACUGGACGGGCAGCAGGAAGGAAACUCGGAGGGCAGCAACAGAAGAGACAGCAUUCUCGCGCACCCGGCGGUGGCGUCGCGGCGGCGGCUGCUGACGCGCGACCUGGAGUGCCAGUUCGCGUCGCGCGGGCCGUCGGGGCGGUACAGCGAGCUGCCGACGUACUUCCGGUCCAUGGAGGGCGGCGAGCGCCGCCAGCUCGCGAUUCCCCUCUCGCGCAUGCUGCAGCAGCAGCGCCAGCUCGCGCUGCUCCGCGCGCGGGACGCGCAGGGGCGCGGCGAGGACGCGGGAUGGCCGCUCGGAUCGUUAUCACUGGUGUUGGCAGGUGGCGGCGGGGGAGGGGGAACAGGCGCGGGGGGAGGCGGGGGGCGGAUGGGAUCGGGGCGGAAAGGGCAGGGACGGGGAGGGCGGAGGAGCAAGGGCGAGCGGGAACAGACCUUUCCGUCCUUGCAAAAGAAUCAAGCACAGGCAGCAGCAGGAGAAGCACCAGCAGCAGGGCAGGAGAGCGGAGGCAUGUGGUAUGGCGGCACGGGGCGGGCGGUGGGGCUGGGCACAGCAGCGGAGGAGGCUCGUAUGUUCGCCCCGGUGCCAGUGACAGCAGACGAGGUGGUGUGCAACGCGCCUGGGUGCCCGUGGGGUGUGCCGGUGCUGGCACAGACGUGGCUGAAAUGCGAGAGGCACUGGGACCAGGUGCACAGUGGCGGGGAGAAUGGCAUGGGCGCGGUGCGGACGAAGCGAGAGGUGCUGGCGGAGAAAAUGGUGGAGACUCGCGAGGAGUGGGAGUGGGCCACGCGGGAGAGCAGAGACCACGUGCGGCUGCUGACGGGCAUACAGCAGGUGGCGUCGGAGCAAGUGGCGCUACUGGGCUGCAUGGACUCCCGAGCAGCCUCCGCGCUCAUAGGCCUCUUGGACCCAUGCCAGCUCAGACAAAUAGCUUAUAUCGCCAGCCAGAGCGCGCAUAUCCUCAUCAGCCAUCGUGUGUCCGCUUCUCGCUCUGCUCGAAUUCUUCCCCUGCUCUGGCCUAGUGCUUAUUUUCUGGGACACACAACGGAAACCCCACCUCGACCUCCGUCCCUCACUCUUACCUCAGAGGUCUUGCCUCACCUCCGGUUUCCUCGCUCACCUACACAUUCACACCUCGCCAUGGCAGCUGCUAGGAUAACCCGCGCGAUAGUGCCGCCGUGGGCUCUGUCACCCGCGGCGCCCCGCCAGCGCACAUUCACAGCGAGCACCGCCAACCCCGAUUCACGCGUUGCAGCCAGCGAUUCCGCCUUCCUCACGGGCCGCCUAGGGAUCUCCGCGCGACGGCUAGAACCGCGCGGAUCAGUCUCAGCGCACAAGCACGCGUCGCGGCCGAUCGGCGUCACCGGCUCCCCGGGCUUCGCGGUGCCCGGGGGCGCGCGAACCGGGAAAUGCCGCGCGUCGGUGGUGGUGUCGGCGGCGUUCGCGAAAAAGGUGAAGGUCGGCGCGGGCCGGCUCAAAUGGUCUCCGAUGCGGCGAGACGGCGAGAACGUGCAACCUAAGAGCGUGUCGCAAAAGCGGUGGGAGGUGCUUAUGUCGGAGCUGCUUGCAGCGGGGAAGCGGCGGAGGGUGGGCGCGGCGGCGGACGGCCGCCUGGUGGCGGAGAUCAUGGCGGAUGCGCGCAAGGCGGGGUGGAUGCAGCGCACGGAUGUGGUGGGGGCGCUGGUGCGCCUGCAUCAGCUGCGCAUGUGGCACGCGGUCGUUGAGCUCUUCGAUUGGCUGCAGGCCCCCGAGCAGCGCGCGUCGGGGUGGUGGCGCAUGUCGGAGCGCGACUACGCCAUGCUCAUCACCGCCGCCGCGCGCUGCCACCAACUCCCGCGCGCGGAGCAGGCGCUGCGGGACCUGAUGAACGAGCCCGCGGAGGCGGAAGGGGCCGCGGAAGCGGGCGCGGGGAAGAGCGGGGCGGCGGAAGGGAAGGGCGCGGGGAGGCGCAUGGAGCCUAAUACGGUGGUGAUGACGGGGAUGGUGGAGGCAUACGCGCGCAACGGGCAGCUAGAGCAGGCGGAAGCUGUGGUGCGGCGCAUGGAAAGCAAGGGCCCCGCGCCCUCCGCGCUCACGUACCAGUGCCUGCUCAAGGGCUACGCCGCGGCGGGGCGGGUGGAGGACGUGGAGCGCAUAUUUGAGGAGCUGCUGCAGCGCAGCGGACAGGGGCACGUGGAUGGGCAGGCGGAGGAGGGGGGUAUAGGAGAGAACGAGGGCGCGAGGGAGGAAACAGCAGCAGCGCCAGCAGCAGCGCCAGCAGCAGCAGCAGCAGCGGAGGCGGGGGCGGGGGUGGAGGCGGGGGAAGUGGUGAGGGUGGACGAGCGCAUGUUCAACGUGGUGAUAGACUGCUACGCGCGCGCGCGGCGAGCAGAGGACGCGUCGCGCGCGUACCGGCGCAUGAAGGCGCUGGGCGUGGCGCCCUCGCCCGCCACGUUCAACACGCUCAUGGCCAUGUUCGCACGCGAGGCGCGCAGCCGUGAAGCAGAGGCUGUGCUCAAACAGAUGCAAGCGGCGGGAAUGCGGCCGGAUGUGGUGACGUACACGGCGCUGAUGAGCGCGUAUGGGCGUGCGGGCCGGGCGGAGGAGGCGCAGGCCGUGUUCCGCGACAUGGUCAUGUGCCGCAUCCGCCCCACGGCCAUAUCGUACACGGCGCUGAUAGAUGCUUACGGGCGCGCAGGCGACGUGGACAAUGCGGAGUUCCUAUUCAAGGAGAUGAAACGCAACCGCAACUUGCCAUCAGAGGCAACGUUCAACGCGCUGCUGGCGGCGCACGCCCGAGCGGGCAGCAUGGAGCGAGCAGAGCAGCUGCUGCGCCAGAUGUGGUGGGACGCACAGGACCGCGGCGAGGCUCCCCUCCCAGGCGCACCACCAGCAGCAGCAGCAGCAGCAGGAGGAGGAGGAGGAGGAGGAGGAGGAGGAGGAGGAGGAGGAGGAGGAGGAGGAGGAGGAGGAGGAGGAGGAGGAGGAGGAGCAGGAGGAAGAAGCGUGCAGGAAGGGCAAGGGGACACGCUACUCGGGAAGGAGUGGUCUGGGGCGGGGGGGGAGUGGGGAGAGGCCGGGGCGGGUGCGGGGGCGGCUACGGGGGCAGCAGCGCGGGGGAAGGCCGGGGGGCGGUGGGGGGUGGAGUUUGGCGACGGGGGGAGGGUGAGUCCGAGCGCGAGCACGUUCAACAUAGUCAUGAACGGGUACCGGCGCGAGGGGGACCUGAGCAAGGUGGUGAGCACGUUUGAGAGGAUGCUAGAAGCAGGGAUAGACCCGACGGUCGUGUCGUACUCGGUACUUAUUUCCGCUCAUGGGGACUGCGGGGAUUUCGACGGUGCGGUUGCUGCGUUCAAGGAGAUGGUGGAAGAGGCGGGUUUGCGGCCGGAUAAGGGCGUCAGGACCGCGCUGCUGCACGCGUGCGAGGUGGGAGAGGGGGAGGAGGAUGGGGAUGGGGAGGGGGGGGAGGAUGAGGGUGGAGAAGAGGGGUGGGAGGGUGUGGUGAGGGCGAGGAAGGAGGAGGUGCAGCGGCUGCUGGCGCCGUAUUUCGCGGCGGAGAGCUGGGGGGAGGAGGAGGGAUUGGAGGCAGAGGAGGAUGAGUGGAUGGCUUAG